GUUUCACUUAACACAUGCCAUUAAACAUGGAGAGAACGGUGAUACUUUUCAUGCUGCUGCUAACAGUUGUAUCUGCCAAGUUUAAUGUCAGUACUUCUCAACCUGUGGUGAAUGCGCCCCUGUAUUCUGAUGUCCUGCUGCCCUGCAACUUUGAGUUAGAUAGCCCUAAUAAGGGAUUGAAAUUUGUAAUCCUAAAAUGGGAACACAAUGGAAAAGAGCUGACGUGUUACAUUCAUGGGGAGGUGAAAUCAAAUGGCAAGGGAACCCUACUGAAAGAUGAACUCCCAAAAGGAAACUCCUCCCUGCUUCUGAAGAACGUCACCAUCGAGGAUGAAGGAGAAUAUGUGUGUGACGUGUACGAGGUGCCCCAUUCAGGAAAAGUCAGCGUUCGCCUAAAUGUUACCGCCACUCCAAGAGUCACCGUGACACCAUCAAUGAUUGUAAUGAAUCAGCUGAACUCUUUGGAGUGCCUGGCAGAAGGCUUUUACCCUGGAGACAUCAACAUUAAGUUACUGAGGGACUCCGAGCCUCUUCCUUCUGAAGGAUCACCACAACCGCAGAAGAACCCAGAUGGCACCUACAAUGCAGUGACCCGAUACAACUACACCCCCACCAGUGAGGAUGCAGACAGGACAUUCUAUUGUGAGGUGACACACAAGGCUCUGGAUACUCCACUAGUGAAGAAGCUUCCCCCAGUCUGUGAUCCAGUCUUGGUGAUAUCACCCAAAACACUGCUUGUGGGCAAGGAGCAAACUGUCACCUGUAAGCUGGAUGGCUGCCUUUUUACUCAAACUGCUAUAAGCUUGAAGAUAAACCAAGAAACGCUUAAAAUGUUGCAGUGCGAGAACUCGAAAGAGUGUGUGAUUAGAGCAAUGGUGAUGGUCGAGGAAGAAAAGGAGGUUGUUUGUGAGGCCAAAAUGGACGGAUUCAACUUUACGCUUUCAGAUAAAUUUGAACAUUUUUCCACUUCCUCAUCGAUGAUAGUGUUGAUUACUUUUGUAUAUGUGGUGAUUGGUAUUGUCGUGGUUAUUAUUUGCAAACUAGGUCAACCCGACAAUGAUAAUGAACGUCAUUUAUAUGAGAGAAUGGUUCUGAGGUUAUGUGGCAUUGAGUAGCGGGACACUUUUAAGAAGAGAACCUGUGGGCCAAAGGUAAAGAACACCAAAAGAAGAUGAGAAAAUAUACAGAGCUUCAAGCGGCUCACAAGACAAAAGUUUAAGCGUAACAUAUUAAUCCUCGACAAAAGAGCACACAAUUGAGGUCCGAAUUGUCUGCCUUAUAUUUCCAAGUUCGGAUCAAAAAUAGAAGCAACAUCAGCUUAGCACCUGUCAUUAUUGAUUGCCAUAAAGUGCGUGUGAUCACUUCUUGCUUUACUUUUAUUUCUUAUUCCACUAAAGUGCCAAAAACAAGUGACAAACACUUUAUAAAAAUAUGCAAUUUAUUUUUUCUCAGGCAUUAUAAUUAUCUCAGGCAUUACUUCAAGUAUUGCAAUUGUAAAGGCUGCCUUUGGGGUUUUGGGGGUUAAGUCACUGGACUUUAAUCCACAAGGAGGCCAGUUCAGUCCUCUCCGCUCCUCUCAUACAGUGUGUGACUCUGAGCAAGUCACGUAAGCUGACUGUGAACUGACUGUAGAGAUGUGCUUUAUCCUAAACUUUUAAGAUGAUUUAGAUAACCAUAGGAAAAAUUUGACUGCUCAAAGGUUGAUCUUUGAGGGCUCACAAGACUUAAAAGAGAUUCUCAUUUAUAUUUUAUUUAAGAAUCAAGUUUGUCACAUAUGUUUCUCCUAGAAUUCCUUAGGAGAAAUAGUUUUAGAGAAAAAAGAGUCGUGAGAUACAACUGAGGUAAAAGGACACACAAUUGGAAAUUUGUUUCAAAACACGUCAUCUUUUGUGAGAUCUCUUUCUAGUCUUAAUCUCAAACAUGACUUCUUAUUAUUGGACUGAUGCCUUUAUCCAAUGUGACUUUCAUCAUUUCAGAUAUCUGGCUCCAUUUCUUUUGGUCCAAUUGGAGUACAGACACAUGAAGGGGGUUGUGUUGGUGUCAGCAGUGGGAUUUCAACCCACAACCUUAUGAUCUGAAGUCCAAAGUCUGAUUUCAUUGGAGUAGAGCAAUAUAAAUUACAGCAACUAAUAGUAAUUUUCAGAAGCAAGGACUACAGUUUUGUAAUCCUAGUAAAGUAUUUUAUUACCCCAAACAACUGUCCAUACAU